AUGGCUUCGAGCAUUUCUACAUCGAAUCCUUCUUUGCUUUCUCACCAACUACGCCUAACUCAACCUCAACAGUGUCCCUUUGGGCAAUUGAGGGUGACCCAGAAGAAAGUAUCAUCGAGCAGACAGUCUGUUCUAACGGCUUCUGUGGUUGCACCAGUGGUCGAGACCAAGACCAGGAACAAAGCCAGAUCUUGCUUGGCUCGUGUUUGGAGGGAGAUUCAAGGUUCGGAUAAUUGGGAAGACCUCGUCCAGCCGUUGAAUCCUCUUCUCCGAGAUGAGAUCAUACGGUAUGGGGAGUUUGUGACAGCGUGCUACAAGGCUUUCGAUCUUGAACCCAGCUCGAAAAGGUACUUGAAUUGCAAGUAUGGGAAGAAGAACAUGUUGAGAGAAGUAGGGAUGGAUGGCUGUGGCUAUGAAGUCACCAAGUACAUCUACGCGACGCCCGAUAUCAGUAUCCCCACCCAAAGUGGGACAUGCUGCAGCCGUUGGAUUGGAUACGUUGCAGUGUCUUCUGACGAAGAAGUGAAGAGACUGGGAAGGAGAGACAUCGUUGUAACAUUCCGUGGAACCGUUACAAACCCAGAAUGGAUUGCGAAUCUCAUGAGUUCGUUGACUCCCGCACGAUUGGACCCUCAUAAUCCACGGCCUGAUGUUAAGGUUGAAUCAGGCUUCUUGAAUUUGUAUACAUCCGAUGAUAGCACAUGCAAGUUCAACCAUGGGAGCUGUCGAGAACAGCUCCUCUCGGAGCUAUCACGGAUUAUCAACGAGUACAAGGACGAGGAGCUGAGCAUCACCGUGGCAGGACAUAGCAUGGGCAGCUCUCUAGCAUUGCUUCUUGCAUAUGAUAUUGCAGAGCUUGGCCUAAACAGAAACGGAUCAAACCAUGAAAUACCCAUUACCGUCUACUCGUUUGGAGGGCCAAGAGUUGGAAAUUCAAGCUUCAAAGAGAGGUGUGAAGAGCUGGGGGUGAAGGUUCUAAGGAUAGUAAAUGUGAACGAUCCCAUCACAAAGCUUCCCGGAGUCUUCCUGAAUGAGAACUUUAGGAAUUUGGGAGGGAGAUUUGAGCUCCCUUGGAGCUGUUCAUGUUAUGCACAUGUGGGAGUUGAACUAGCCCUUGAUUUCUUCAAGAUGCGAGAUCCUUCGUGUGUGCAUGACCUGGAGACUUACAUUAGCUUACUAAGAUGCCCCAAGAGGGUGCAAGUUCAAAAAGAUGGGCCUGAUUUUCUCAGUAUGGCAAGGGAGUUCUUGAGUGCACAGAAGAUUGACACGUGGCCGUGGCAUAAUGCUGCAAAGAAUGUGGGUGAUUUGGUGGAAUCACUAAGGACAUGA